UUUGCGUUGACGAGUAUAACAACGUUGUGCCCAUUCCUAGACUAUUGGUUUCGUUUAGUGUGUUGAAUUUGAAUUUCGUUUAAGAUUGAUUUUCUUUGUUUGCAGUUUAAUUGUUGUUAUUUGUAAGUUGAUUGGAUGAGACAGUGUUGUUAUUUUUUAGGUAGCUUGCUUGUGGUAUGAUCAAAAAGAAAAACUCCUCUAAAAAAGCUUUGUUGUACCGUAUCUUGGCAGUUGUGUGAGGAUGCAUAUUCUAUGCACUAUUUGUAGUGACCUGGUGAAUCCGGCUGAAAAUUUACAUGCUACUAAAUGUGGUCAUCUGUUUCAUUACCGUUGUCUCUCACAAUGGAUCGAAAGAUCAGCAUCAUGUCCCCAAUGCCGUAACAAAGUGACAGACCGAUGUAUGUUCCGUGUUUACCCAACUGUGUCAAAUGAGAAUUCUGGUGAUGAUGUUACCACACUUCAGUCGAAGCUGGACGAUGCAUUGUUGCAAUUGCGACAGCAGAAAGUAAAAGAGAAAGAAAAAGAGGAUAAGCUGGCAGAAAUCGGUGCUGAUUUGAAGAAAAAUGUGGAACUUCUAAAGACGUAUGAGAAGAAGCUCGUCAGCCGAGACUCAGCUGUGGUAGCUCUUCGGGAACAACUGGAGUAUAUCAAAUUGCAGAAUAAGGAAACGAAAAGGAUAAAAGAUGAGAAUACGUCUUUGAAGAAGAACUUGCAGACUUUAAAUGGUCUACAGAAGGUGUUAAACGCUACAAGUGACGAAGUGGAACAGAUGUUACAAGGAUACACGGAUGUACGUACUGUAGCCACCUUCGCGACAGCUCUCAAAAGAGCAUUAUGUGAAUCUGAGGCAAGAAAGAAUGAACUAAGAGAAAGACUGCACUCGGCCACUCAGAACUGCAACGCGGAAAUAUCUAAAGUUCGCUCUUUGCAGACAAAACUUGCCCAACUAGAGGAGAAGCUUAUACAUGCAGAGUUGAACGCCUCCGAAUUGAAGAAACAAUAUGAAAGUAACAAUAAAAGGAAAACGGAGGACAACGUAAUUCAGACUGAUAUGGAGCAAGCCUUAGAGUCUAAUCGCGAUGAAAAGAAAUCACCUGAUGUUUGCAAAGAUCACCCAAAGAGGCAAUCCGAAUUCAACAAAGCUAUGUAUGUUAGCCAUAGCGAUAAAUCAUUUGACAGAAUGGUGAAAACUAUAGAGGACUCGGACUCGCCAUAUUUGUGUCUGAAGCAGAGUAGUUUAGCGUUGACUGUGCUCCAGCAGCGGCCGAAGCAAAUGGCGGCUGAUAAUAAACUGAAGCCUUCAGAAUUGGCGCUAUUGAACUCUGUUAGGAAUAUCGCAAUGAAGAAACCGGCGCAAGAACCCAGCACUAGCAUAUUCCAGAAAAAGCCAAAGCUAUUAUCGCUUGCGAUGGAACACGAGCCUAACCUCGACGAUGCACAGAUGGAUAUCACAUAUGACGGAUUAGGAGGCCACUCGAAACCGGACAUAUUCCCGACGCCCACAAAACGCCCACUGAAAAGCUGCGUCCCGAAACUUUCAGCUAAGCACAAACUAAAGCGACCCACUCCUAAUGGCAGCCAGGAUAUAAGCAAAAUGUUGGCUAAGAUGCAGGAUAAAUGACCCAUCUACAGAUCUGAACGCGGCCUGUUUGCUCUGUCUACCCCGUAAGGGAUUAAACGUGACGUGGUUGCAUGAAAUAACUCGGUAAUCAUUUCAUGGUCUCAGUGUUGUGUAAUAAAUUAAAUAAUGAGUGAUUGUUUCCUGGAGAGAAGUGCAACUUUUAAGUAGGUAAUAUAGGUAAAGGUGCCUCUGGUAGACAAGAUAUCAUCAAAAUAUUGGUUUGAUUACAAGAUAAAUAAGUUGUCAUAAAAUGACUUUAUUGGGAUAUAGAAGUGAGUUUAUUUUCUUCAAACAUUUAUCAAUCAGAAUAAUAUAAUAUGAAAAUAAUUGAUAAACAUAAUAAUCAAAUUAAAUACAUGAAGUUCACAUUGCCAACAUUAGCUAUCAUUUUGUUUUUGCAUUCUAUAAAGAAAUAAUUACACGCUUUCGGCUGUGCCGGUGAAGCGAAUUGACGACAAUUUCACGAUUAAUAACGAUUUUUGUGUAUUUAAUCAUAUAAUUUGAAAUGCGUGAUUGAAUUUUGAUAAUCAACUGUUUUUAGUUAUUUAAAAACUCAUUCGGAUCAAAUGAAAUAUUUGAAAUAUUUCGUGUUGCUUUCCUUUUCUUAGCAAUAUCGUUGAUAAGAGACAGAGAUAUAUAAGUAGUUUUUUUUUAUGUCUCAAGCAAAAUGUAAAGCCAUUUCAAUUAAUAAGAAAAGGUUAAAUAAGUAAGUAAGAAUACGAAAGACUGUUACAAAAUAAUAAUAAAUUAUUGAAUCUGA